UCUAUUACAAGAGAUUUCUGUCCCCUCUUUCACAUAGAUUUUCUACUGACUGAGGGCAGUACUCCUUUUUGCCAAAAAGGAUACUUUCCCUGUGGGAAUCUUACCAAGUGCUUACCCCGUGCUUUUCACUGUGAUGGUGUGGAUGACUGCGGGAAUGGGGCUGACGAGGACAACUGUGGAGACACUAGUGGAUGGGCGACCAUAUUUGGCACAGUCCAUGGAAAUGCUAAUAAUGUGGCAUUAACACAGGAGUGCUUUCUAAAUCAGUAUCCACAACCCUGUGACUGCAAAGGAACUGAAUUGGAAUGUGUAAAUGUCGGCUUAAAGUCUGUGCCACUGAUUUCCAGCAAUAUUACAUUACUGUCUCUUAAGAAAAACAAAAUUCACAGUCUUCCAGAUAAAGUUUUCAUCAAAUACACAGAACUUAAACAGAUAUUUCUUCAGCAUAAUUGUAUUACACACAUUUCCAGGGAAGCAUUUUUUGGAUUACAUAACCUGCAAAUAUUGUAUCUCAACCACAACUGCAUCACAGCUCUCAGACCCGGAGUAUUCAAAGACUUACAUCAGCUAACUUGGCUAAUUCUAGAUGACAAUCCAAUAACCAGAAUUUCACAGAGGUUGUUUACUGGAUUAAAGUCCUUGUUUUUCCUGUCUAUGGUUAAUAACCACUUAGAAGCCCUUCCCAAACAGAUGUGUGCCCAAAUGCCUCAUCUCAACUGGAUGGAUUUGGAAGGCAACGGGAUAAAACAUCUUAGGAAGUCCACCUUUCUGUCAUGCAAUUCACUCACGGUGCU